UGUGCUUCAGUGUCUUCAAAAAAGGAAGGAAAGAUUAAAUGGCAGAAAGAGAAUGUCCUCGACUUUUAUUUCUCCGGUCAGCAGGAGAAGUAGUUCCCAGGCAACCCGCCCUCAUCGCCCCCCACCCAACCAUGUCAGACCUCCACACAGUCAUUGCUGACUCCCCGCGACGGUCAUGUUGGAGGAGCAGGUCUCCACGUCACGGUUAUUGUGGGUCCGCACAGUCUCAGUCUCGCCAGGCGUGGCGAGACGAUUGAGCACGUGAGUCAAGGUGCGCGUGCGCGACUCUCAGGCCUGGCGAGACGCGCGCACAGGGGGGAGGGGAGGGGGCUGGGAGGGUUCUUGCGGCUCCCGCUCGGCGCGACUCCUGGUGGCAUUCACGUGCAUCCCUCCGGUCUGUCGACUGCAACUCUUCACGCCCGCUCUCCGCCAUCAGCUGUUCGGACCGGCCAGGCAUCCCGCCAUCCAGGCGUUGAGGUACCUCCGGUCUCCUCCAGUCUUGCGUCCGCUUCACUUUGCUCGGCACCAGCCGCAGGACCCGGAUGUGCCGCGUCACCCAAACAUUUGCUGCUCCUCCAUCCGCCUCGUGGUCCUCGCCGCCCUCUGUGGCUGCUGGAGUUAGCCGCCCUCACUCUUUCUUCUGCGCGUGCGCGUGGGGGACAGCAGGUGGACCAGCAGGUGAACCAACCUCCUCAACUUUCGUCUGGACUGUGCUAUUUAUAGCGCCCACGUCGUCUGCGCGCGUCUGGCAGCGGUGAGGUGAGUGACCUGCAGGUCACAGUCGCCAGCAUGCCGUCCAUGGAUGACUCCGAGCUCAUCGCCAAGAUAGGCAGAAAGAGGUUUCGCCGCCGCCAGGAGCGUGAGCGCUACUUCACGCAGACCAUCGACCUGAGCAACAUGUCCACCACCAUGGCCGGCAACAAGCUGGCCCAGGAGAUCCACGACGAGUUUCUCACCUGCAAGAUCUGCCUGGAGGGCUUCAAGAGCCCCAAGAGCCUGGACUGUCUGCACACCUUCUGCGAGCAGUGCAUCGAGAACCACGUGGUGUCGGAGUGCAGCUACAAGAAGUACACCGACUACCGCGAGUUCACCUGCCCGCUGUGUCGGAAGCGCACGCAACUUCCGCUAGGGGGCGUCAAGAAGUUGCCCGACAACUUCUUGGUUUCGAGCCUGGGGGAGGUGGUCGCCCGUCAGCGCCCCUCCAAGUUUCCUUUCUGCGACAUCUGCAAGCUGGUGAGCCGCAAGCACCGCGAGGCCACCUCCAAGUGCCUGGACUGCAACAAGCUGCUGUGCAAGGCCUGCGUGGACCUGCACCACGAGACGAAGGUGACCAAGGACCACAGCCUCUUCGACUGCGAGAUCGAGAAGGACAUCGAGUGCAAGGAGCACCAGGACGAGGUGGUGCGCUUCUUCUGCGAGCCGUGCGAGACGUGCAUCUGCGUGCUGUGCACCUUCAACGAGCACAAGGACCACGAGAUCACCCAGUUCUCGGAGGCCGUGUGCAAGUACAAGGAGGACAUCCAGGAGCUGCUGCGCUCGUGCAAGUCCAAGAUCGAGAUAUACGACACCCAGUUGGCGCUGCUGUCGCGCUGCGAGCUCAUCAUCAAGGAAGCGGAGCAGCGCAUCCACGAUGUCGCCAUUCAGUUCAUUGCCGACAUCCGCAGCCGCGAGAAGCAGCUGGUGGACGACCUGCACGCGCUGUACGGCUCCGAGCUGAUGGAGUAUGUCAACCGCAAGAGCGAAAUGCAGAGCAACCUGGACUCCCUCAAGAGCACCUGCAGCCUGACCGAGCUGGUGCUGAAGGGCAAGGACAUCGAGCUGCUGUUGCUGAAGAAGCAGGUGCAGGACAAGCUCGGCUGCCUGUCCGAGGUCACUCUCAAGGACCUGCCGCGCUCCGUGUACAAGCAGGUCAGCUUCGUGCCCGGGUCCAUGGACCUUGGCGCCCUCUGCGACCCCGAGCGCCCUCCUCGCCUGCAGACCCAGAUCUCGCUGCCAGCGUCCCUGACCUCCGGGGGUUCAUCCGGCGCGCACAUCCGCACCACGGAGACGCAGACGGAUCUGACGUCACAGCGCGACUCGCGCAUGGUGUCCCGCUACAUUCAGACCAUGGCGCCGCACCCCGACGAGGAGGAGACCAGCAGCGGGAGCAGCAACAGCAGCAGCAGUUGCAGCAGCAGCGGCAGUACGGGAGGUGAGCAGGAGGCGGGGAGAGUGAGUUGGUACGGGGGGAGUUCUCACAAGCACGUGGCCACCGGCACCGACCUCGUCUGCACGCAGGAGAAGGCCGUCAACACGCGCUCACGCGCACUACACCAGCUGCACAGCGCCCAGGCCAAGGAGGAGACCCCGGAGGAUGCUGGAGGAGGAGGCGGGGGGACCCAGGAGUCUGCUGCCUCCCCCCUGCAACGACAACACCGCCGCCGCCGCGAGCGUAUUCGCCCCGUGGAGGUGGGGGUGCGCCCCACCACUUUCGGUCCCACCAUGGUGGUUGCCUCCCCUGAAGGGUACGGGCCCGUGCUGACCUAUAGCAGCAGUAUAGAGGAGAACCACUAUACCUCCUACAACCCCACUGUACACACCUCCUCCCCUCCCACGUAGACUGCUUGUGUCCUUAGUUCUCCGUCCCCUACCCCUCCCUCCACUGUUGUGGCCACCCAUCUGUAGUAGUGUGCAUUGCAGAGGCUAGACUUGGGAUGCACGAGGUUCGGGUCUCGCAGUUGCACCUGACAGCCGCAGUCCAACUCGCAUCCACCCCACUGGACGUUUCUAGUUACCUCCCUUUGAGCGUCCUAAGGGCACGUGUAGCCGGGUUCCAUGAACUCACCAAACUCGGUCACAUUCUGUCGCUGCCGCCCACAAGCGUGGCUGUGAGGUUCAUGAGGUUCAAAUCCUUUGGGACAAAAUUGUCCAUGGUUUCCUAGUGGCGAGGGAGGAUCAUGCCAGCGUCACACACACACCACACACACCAUACACACACCACACUCACACCACACACACACACACCACACUCACACACACACCACACUCACACACACACUCACACACCACUCACACACUCGUUCCCACAUGAAGUCAACCUCCUACAACCCAAGGCGAGUUUUCCAGCAUGUUCCAAUGUUUACACGCGAUUUCGUUUCAGUCUCUUCUGAACGCGUGAACCUCGCAGUGGAAACCGUUGCCGCUUUCAAAAUGUAACCGCAAAAACUUCCGCAGCCAUCUUUUACUUUGGUGUGGGUGGUCGUGGGACACGGGGGUCACGGGGGUCAGCGGGCCUCGCAGGUACGAGCAGAAGCAGUCGGUGAGUUGUGCACCAAGUUUAACACACCUGCCGGACUACUUUCUGAGAGAAAAAUAACGGCCAUGCAACCCCAGUGCAGGAGACGAACCGCGUGCAAGAUGCUGCGUGCUUGUCACGUGUCCUGCAGCUUCAGGCGCCACCACGAGGCUGAGGAGGCCCUGCACUGCGCAGUGAGUCUGCCUCAGCCUCAGUCGGAGACUUCAUUCUUGGCUGGACACUUGCGCCUUGCUCUAGACACUUGCUGUAGACACUUUCUGUAGACACUUGCUGUAGACACUUGCGCCUUGCUCAGUGCAGCUUCCCCACCUCUCUGGCCGCUCAUGGAAAUGCUUUGUGCUGACACUUCCGGUGCUGCGCAAAGGCGUCAGUCGAUUGCUAGUGUCAGGCUCACAGCCAUGAGACCGGCGACAGAACGAAGUCUGUUCAAGGCGACAAGUUGCUUGCAAUGAACGACCAACACUGAACAUGACCAACGUAUGAACUGUGUGCGCUGCACGUGCUCGGAGUGAUCUCCCCUUUUAGCCACACGUGUGACGUCAGUCUCGCGCAUGCGUCUCGAGACCACUUCCUGUGGCGUCCUUGGUGUCCCACUGGCGGUGCUUCUUGCUGUCAAACAGUAGUUUUGCUUUGUGUGACAAAGUUUGCCUGAUUUUUACCUCUUUUCGGUUGGGUUUUUUUUUUCGUUCCCAUCUUCCCGUGGUAGGUGUGAAUGUCCAGCAUGAGUAGCUUGGUGUAGCUUGUAGCCGGGACUAGCAGUCGUGAGUGGUGUUGAUUGUCAUGCCUAGAAGUGAGCUUUGCCGUUAAUUGAGUAAGCUGAAUAGAAGGACUUCUCUACAGUCCCUACUCUCGUCUUCUGUUGCGACUGGCAGGCAGUGGAAGGUCUGUAGCUUUGUCAUUCACCUUACAGACGACUAAGCAAUCAUCACUUGUUGACGAGUUUAACCCUUUAGUCCCUGUUUGUAAAUGUCAGCGGGUCGUGUAGUGACCUCAUGACUCAUUCUACCCGGAGACUAGUGCAACCGUUGAGUUUCUUCAAUACUUCAUCGCGCCAUCCAGUGGACCAUCCUGGAGAGACUCUCUUGUGUACAAGAUAACGGAGAAGGGAGGAUAAUUAUACCAGAAUGAUGUGAGUGAUACACAUACACUGAUGACGUGGCUGGAUGUGGACAGACAUUUAUCUUUGCUAGAGGACGCAUGGUGCUCGGAGUGCCUGAGGUCGAGUGUUGAUGAAAUGUCAUUGGCAGUGGACAUGGCGGAUGUUGUCAGGUGUUGUCGCCGCUGUGUACAGCAAGAGAUCGAGUGAGUGGUGUGUGUGACACGUGACGUGUGUGUCUUCCAAACACCAACUGAUGUCACAAUCAAGUUGUCGUGUGGAACAUGUUCCUACUCGCCCUGUAGUAGCCGCACCACGUGACCCCACGGCUCCUGUCCCAGGUGACACAGCACGGACUGUACAACUUCUGUCUGCUUGUUAACCUUCUCGUUAUUCUUAGUGAUGUCAACUUUGUCCCCCGCCCACCCAUCUUCAUUUGUUUUUCUGUUUUCAUAAUAUGAUAGCAAAGUCUCUAAACUUGUGAUUACUCACCUGCACGUGUUUAUAUCUACCUCGUUGUUUGUUGUCAAGUCCUGACGAAACUAGUCACGAUGACGUUUCAUACAAUGUCUGUGCAGGGAAGCUUUGAACACCUGGUGACCUGCUCACCCGCAGCCUGGCACAGGGCGCCAACCGCAAUUAGCUUUAAUCCACCCCUUUAAAAACUCAUUAGCUUGGAAAGUUUUCUGAGCAGGUGUUUGUCUUGGAGAAAUCGUAGGCAGACUUCUCGCGGCUGACGGAAUCAGCGGGUUGUUUGUUUGUUUGUUUGUUUGGUUGUUUGUUUGUUUGUUUGCUUGAUGGCCUUGUUGCUUUAUUUGAUCCCGAGUACAGCGCCAACAGCAGAGAGCCCAGGUGUCACUUGAUGCUGCACUGAGUAUGUUGAGACAGCAAUGAGGUCAUGCCUGUCACGUGGACAGGUGUCGCCACUCGACAUGGUCAGUCCAACAGUUAGGCCCUGUAGCAGAUAAUCACGUGACAAACGUUUCGUCAGUUCUGUCAUCCUGUGUCAUCCUCGCUUGUUGUAGUUGUCACCUAGCCUCAUUACAAGCAGCUGACCACUCACCUGUGCCUGUAGGUGUGUGUGGUGUUGUAGCCUCACCUUUUAGUUUCUCUUCUUGUUGCAGUUACUCAAAGUACGGCAAGGGCUAGUCCUGCGGUUCGUUUCCCAUCCAGGCCCGUGAAGUGACGUCACAACUCACCUGGACGCUAGUGACCACGUGUCUAGCCACCACUAGUCAGUACACCAGUGCAUGUGUACCACUGACACGCGUACAUGUGUACCAUUGCCAGUACACGUGUCCUCACAGCAUGACCGCUGCUUGCUAACCUGUAGACGCUUGGCAGUAGAUGAGGAUGUAGAUGCUGCUGUUGACUUCAGCCGUGGUUGUAGAUGUUUUGUUUGCAAGUUUGUAGCUUUUAGCUGUCGGCAGUGAUGUCAACAAAGAACGCAUUUGAUGGCUUGGCUUGAUGACACGCCACACGCUGGCUGUAGGGAGGUUUCUCACCUGCACUCACAGACAAACUGCCAUCGCCAGGCGAAAUCAGGGAAAGGAGUUGCUCAACAGUAAACAGCUCGGGACAUGCAUGAACCACACACGAAAGGCUGAGUUGAGUGAAACAGUUGUUUGCAUCUUAUCAUUCACAGCAAGAGAAAGACAAGAUAACUUUUGGUGGCGAGUGAGCAACACUCACUGAGCAUGUCUGCCUUCUGAACAUGGUGACAGCAUUAGUGCCACGGUUCUGUGAAAAAUAAUAAUGUAGAAAUAAUGCACAAUCCACAUAUCUGAAUAGACCUUGUACACUACAUGUACAGCUGGAAAAUCUGAAAUUCAAAGAAAAUGAAACCAUUUUGUCAUUGCAUGUCUGUGUGGCGACUGUAGCCAACAUGUGUCACCUAUUUGCUGCAGUGCCAGCCUCAGUCCAUGCAUACAAGGCUACAAUGGUCUUGAGACUGUUUGAGACAACAAGUCAACAAGUACACAGGAGGGGCAGUGUAUGCUCCCCAGUCAGACACAAAAUGAAGUCUGUUGACAAUGUUUUCUGCCAACUGGUAAAUCAUGGAAACUCCCAGAAAAUGGGCUUUUAAGUUUACAAAUUGUGUGUGAGCUUUUUUCAAACAUUUUUGACCUGGAGAAGACUACAGAGCUUUGUCUCCCGCUGACAUCAUUAGUUUGUAAUGACAAACCUGAGUACCUGGCUGUUCCUGCACCACCUACUCUCAUCCUUUGUCUUGUAGUUUGUCACCUUUCCUCUCUCUCCCUGUAACCCUGAUUUGUGCAUGCUGGAAACUAACUCUCAAGCUUGCAGUUGUUUCCUCACUGACCUCCUCACCUACCGGUCUGGAACCAGAGAAACCAAUGAAACUGCCUUGGAAACAAGUCAGUCUGGCCUUCACUUUCACAUCCCAGUCUGCACUUCCUGUAGAACUUGCCAUUAUCUCUUCACUGAGAUUUCAAGUAUUAAAUUUGUGUUUGAAAUGUGCCUGGCUGCUGCAUGUCUUGCUGCACAUAUUUUAAGGACUUGUUACACUGAAGUCUGUGUCUGUUCCCAGCAUCAAGAUGGUCACUGAGCCCUCAGGGCCCAGGGGCACUGCUACCACUUUUUACAAACUUUUUUCUGAGAAGUCCUCAGGUUUGAAGAGGCAGUGGACAAUGUUGUACAAGUGACUAAGCCAUAAGGACGAAUGGGACAUGUUUCACAGCAGGACUGUGUCAACAGUUAGCAAGCAUCAUGUCAUGUCAUGUCAUGAAGGCGUCAGAGUCUGCUGUUGUGCUGCUGCUAUUAUUAUUAUGUCAACAAUUAGUAAUAAUCAGUUUGUCAUGUCAUGAAGGCCUCAGACAUCUGCUUUUGUUGUGCUAUUAUAGAUGUCAAAAUUAGCAUAUUAUACACAUUCAAAAAUCAGCAUGUGAUAGAUGUCAAAGUUGGAAUAUUAUACUCUCAAAAUUAGCAUAUUGUACUGUCAAAAUUAGUAUAUUAUGCAUAAUCCAAAUUUCCAGAGCGUUAGUGUAAUAAAUAAGACUUUAUUUAUCCCUGAGAGCUAGUAUGUAUACACACUUGUCUUUUUCAUGUUUAGUGAAACAUUUAUUUGCUUUGUAUUUUACUCGUUGUUUGAAGCUUGGAGUGAAGAAUUAUUGACUCUGUGACAGGUGUAGCAUCAGUAACAGUACAUGCAACACCUUCAACACCUGUAGUCGGCUUACAAAAUAAUAUGUUUGUUUAUAUAGUAUGACCUUCACAACACAGCUGCUAAAUUCUACUCCUAUACCACCUUGUACACAGCUUGGCUGUGUCUGGGAAAACCGUUUUGUGGUAAACAUCUAACUUUUGUUUUUUUGUACAAGUUUGUUGGGUUUAAAUUUUAUUAAGGCAAAUUCCAAACGACAUCAAGGCAUGACACCGUGUGGCCUACCUGCAGUGUCAUCACUAGAAAUAUAUUUAUAUAAGUAUAUAGACGACAGCAAUGCUUUGGUGGAAGGGAAGGUGAUGGGACAGGUGUUACCAACUGUCUUGACGCUCACCUGUUUAUCAAGUAUAGGUCCCCCUCACCUCACCAUGUGUUUACAGGGCUGCCUGCCUCAUUUCAUGUAGCCUGAGCUACUGGGGUAAACCACCACCACCAUCAUCACGGGGGAGUCGGUCAUAGAGCCUGUAUGCAGGCGACACAGGUAAUCAAUGCAGACGACACAGGUAAUCAAUGCAGACGACACAGGUAAUCAAUGCAGACGACACAGGCAAUCAAAGGCAACUUGUGUCUCACUGAACAGUGUGUUAGUCACGGGCUUGUGCAAUACUUUUUCUUCACCUUUUUGGGGCAAUACAACACCAGCCAGUCAAUAUAUUUGCUUAGAAUUUUGAAACACACUUUUGAGGUUAACCUCGAGAUAUUACAUCUUUCAAUCUGAAUGUUAUAUAUGUGUGCAUAUAUAUAUAAUGAUGUUAUCUGCGUAUUCUUCUUAGAUUUUUAACUAUUUUGUUAGGAUGGUAACGAGGGUCUUUCUCGGUGUAGAGGACAUUUGGAAUGACUGUUGAGCAGGUGACUAGUCAAAGUCCAGUCAACACAUGUUCCUACCAAAGAAGGGAAGAUCCGUCUACCUGGUCUUACGCUUGUUGUCUCCCAUCCUCUUACUUUACCCCACCCUCACCUACUUGUGAAUACUGAGGAUGUCUUGCCUACUUCUGCUGGUAAAUAAUAGGCGUGGGAGGGAGGGGUGUGAGGGUGCACGUGCCAAAUAUGUGAGUCUCUCAGUGCACGCAGCUCGUGCACGUCCUACCCUUAGGGUUGUCACCAUCAUGUCUUACAAUGAGUCUGUUGUUUUAAUGAUAUGGAGAUUUCUGUUUUGUCACAAAUAAUGUGUUUGUCAUCGUUCCAUCGGUGUUGAUUUUGUUGUGUUCAUCUGGAAAUGUCCCCUCACCUCCAGAAGGUGCGUUAGGCCAAUGGUUAAUAAACUCAAAUCUCAUGGUA